CUUGGAUAAAGCACACGUGAACGUUGAAAUGGCAGUUUACAAUGAAGAUGAUAAAAUGAAAACUAAUCUAAAAGCAUAUACCGAUGCCAUCGCCAAAAGUCAAGGACUCACAACAUACAAAUGUGACAUUAAAAAUUUAAGUGCUGUGCAAAGCUUGGGGAUUAAAACUGAAGUAGAUAUAAAAGGUGAAACAGUGAAUGGUGAAAAGGAAAUAAAUUUAUUUGUGAAAUCAAAACCUGUAGAUGACGAAAACAAUAUUAAGUUUAUAUCAAUUAACGACGUGUAUUCGAGAGAGUUGUACGCUUAUAAGGAUCUUUCGGAUAUUUACCGACAGCUACAAGAAAAAGCAAACAUACCUUUAAAAGACAGAUACAGAUUCAUUCAUGUUUACGAGGAAAGUGACACAGACACGAUAAUUAUGGACAACAUCGCAAAAAAAGGAUUCGUAAAUUGUCACAGAUGCGAAAUUAUUUCUCUCGACUGUGCAAAGGCGUGCAUAAAGCAAUUGGCUAGAUUCCACUCCUUAUCAUUUGUUUUGGAAAAUGAGAUGUUAGAUUAUUUCAACUGUAACAUAAAACUUUUGAAGUACCCCCUAAUUUAUAAUGAAGAAUACGUGACAUUCUUAAACAAUGCGUACGAGCGAUGUCACAACCUUUUGGGGGAUGAAUACAAAAUGAAAUUGGAAAACAUUCGAAACAUUUGCGAGAGGUAUUAUCAUUAUGUUAACAAUGAUUCAGUAAUAAGGUGCCUCUGUCACGGAGAUUAUACGGCUCAGAACAUAAUGAUGAAGAGUAUUGAUGGGAAAUCAACAGAAGUAAUUCCACUGGAUUAUCAAUUUAUAUUCUACGGAUCACCUGUUUUAGACAUAAUUUAUUUAAUAUUCGGUACAACAGACCGAGAUUUUAGAAAAGACCAUUUGGAAGAUCUUAAAAAUGUAUACCAUGACACAAUGAAAGUUUUUUUUAGUUAUUUCAAAAUGGACAUAAACUUGCACUAUCCUAGAAAAGAAUUUGAUAAAGCCUUUGAGGAAAGUCUGGAAUUUGUAUUAAUGUUUUCUGUGUGGUACUUACCAAAACAUCUAGCGGAUGAAAAUGAAGUCUUAAACCUUAAUAAGACUAGUUUAGACUAUGCUAAUAUUAUUAACGACAGGGUUAAAUCAAGAUUGGAAGGUAUAAUAGAUGAUCUUACAGAAUGGGGAGUUUUUGACAAAAAUGUUGAAGAAUCAAAAACUACAACUAAUGUAUCUGAAUAAGUAUGUAAUCAGGUAA